AUGUCGAUAACACAAAUCAUUGGGUUCAGUCUUCUGGUUUGCAUCACUUUGGCUUAUAAUAAAACUUUCUCUCCACUUAAUCCCCCCGUAUAUCAUUAUCCUGGCUAUAACCCAGGUGUCAGUCUGAACCUUUACCAUGCAUCUGAUAUCGUCGACAACAAUUUGGAGACAGUGCCUGACCAUAAUGACGAUACAUACAAGAGCGACCGGGAACAAGUGACGAUAAUAACAAAUGAUGAACAAUCCCAGGAAGUCACCGACGGCUUCGCUUAUAAUAUCGAACGGGAAAAUACUGAUCGAGAAUUGUUGGGAAUAAACGUUGACAAAGAUCUCUUCCCUGAACUCAUCUGCAGUUUAUCACCAUUUAAUUCAGAUACCAGUACAAGCAGUAUUGGUGGAGAAUCACCUGGAAUAAAUGGUAAGAACAAAAUCGUGAAUGUCCUCAUAUCGGAUGCAAUGCGAGCUCUGAGAAUCGCGGUGAAUAUAGAAAACGCAAGAAAACGCACGACGAACCAUUCACUUACAAACACAAACGAUCCGAUUGUGGACGAACUUUCAAUCAUUCAUCGUUUACCUCUCACAAUGAAACACAUCAAACUAAACAUCAAUGUGAAAGCCAAUGCACCUAAAAAUGUGCUGCACAACAUCCGCGACCAUGGAGGAGCAAUGCAAAAUUCAAUAAAUAUUGCAAUGCAGAAAACGAAGCCAAACUGCGGCAAAGUGUCCAUUUCUUUUGGCGCAGUGAGGCAGCAUUUAGAAAAUAUUCGUUGUAGACCUAACUGCAACACAUCCACAAUUCGGGCAUAUACAAUGCACGAAAAGAAAACGAAAUUCGUGAGUGUUCUUAUCGCAGAUGUACUUUUCACACGAACAAUCGCAAAGAAUAUAGAGAACACAGGAAAAAGCACGGCAAACCAUUUAUUUACGAAUGUAAAGAACCCAAUUGUGGAAAACAGUACAAUCAUAGCACAUCAUUUUACUCUCACAGGAAGAGAAAUCAUCAACCACAUCAAUCUAAAUCUCAAUGCGAAAACUGUAACAAAUGCUUCAACCGCAAGGACCACUUGA